GGAGCUGACAGGGAACUGACAGAAAGCAGAGCUACUGCAGCCCUGCUCUCUUUAUACUUUAACCACUAGCCUACAGGACAUGUAUUCCCCCUUCCUGCCCAGGCCAAUUUCCAGCUUUCAGCGCUGUCACACUUUGAAUGACAAUUGCGCGGUCAUGCAACACUGUACCCAUAUGAAAUUUUUAUCAUUUUUUGUGACAGAUAGAGCUUUAUUUUGGUGGUAUUUAAUCACCUCUGGGUUUUUAAUUUUUUUCUUAAACCAAAAACCACUGAAAAUUUUGAAAAAAAACGUUUUGUCUUAGUUUUUGUUAUAAAAUUUUGUAAAUAA